AUGUCAUAUAAUCCACACAACUUAAGAAAUUUUCCUUCAUUACACGAUCAUCAACAUCACCAAUAUUCAUCUCCUACCUUUCAACAUUUUACAAAUCAUGGUCAAUCUGUUUACGCGUCGAAUUAUCAUCAACAAAUGCCAAAAAUGGAAGAAUUAUCACCUUCAGAAUCAAUCAGUUCUAGUACACCAUCUCCACCAAAUCAUUCUCAUCAUUUCCUUAUGACAAAAAAGGGUAUAAAAACAACACCGAGUCCAUUAGCCACUACAUCAUCAACAAUUAAAACAAACUCAUCUUCUUCAUCCUCAUCUUCAACAACAAGUAUCGAUCAACAAUCAAUUGUACUAAAAUUAUCUGCAGAUCAAACAUUAACAUUAACAACUGAUCAAAUUGCUUGUGUUUGUGAAGCAAUUCAACAAAGUGGAAAAAUUGAUAAAUUAAUUAAAUUACUUCAGAUAUUACCGAAAAAUCAUGAUCAUUCAUCGAAUUAUAUCCAUAAUCAUGAUUCAGUAUUAAAAGCAAGAGCCAUUAUCUCGUAUCAUCAACAAAAAUUUCGUGAUUUAUAUAAUAUUUUAGAAACUCAUCAAUUUGAUAUAAUGCAUCAUACAGAAUUACAACAAUUAUGGUACAAAGCACACUAUUUAGAAGCACAAAAAAUAAGAGGCAGACCAUUGGGAGCUGUAGAUAAAUAUCGAAUACGUCGAAAAUAUCCAUUACCAAAAUCAAUAUGGGAUGGAGAAGAAACAAUUUAUUGUUUUAAAGAAAAAUCACGACAAGCACUAAAAGAAUGUUAUAGACAAAAUCGAUAUCCUACACCUGAUGAAAAACGAUUAUUAGCAAAAAAAACAAGUUUAACAUUGACACAAGUAUCAAAUUGGUUUAAAAAUAGACGACAACGAGAUAGAACACCAAGAACUCAAGAUUGUUUAGGCCAAGAUUUACCAACAUCAUUAUUAAAUCACGCUUAUUUUGGUGCACAUUCAACACAUGAUUACACAACGGCGGCUGCAGCUGUAGCAGCAGCCUACACAACCAAUCGUCUCGGAGUAAAAUCGGAAUUUUUUACAGCAAACGCUUUUCUUUAUCCGUCUUCAUCGUCUUCACAUUUUCAUCCACAUGACAACAAUAAUAACUACUAA